GGGAGAGAGGUCCAGAGCUCCCAGUGCUUUAUUAAAGAUUAUUUAUGUGUCGUCGUUCCCGUCCCGUCCCGUCCGUCCGUCUGUGCGUAUGCUUGUGCGUUGUUCGCUCCGGGUGAAAACACAACAAUAACAAACGAGACGUCGUGUACUCGUCGUUCCCGGGUGCCGAUCUGGCGAUUAGCUCGCGUUUUAUGAUGGCGCCGCGAACGACAAUCUACGUACACGGGGCAACAACGUCCGCUGUGGAUCUGCGCUGAUAACGCCGCCUAGUGCGUGUGUCGUGCGUGUGUGUGUUGCGUAUUACAGUCCUAAUACGGACCGACAAUGGAAGAGACCAAAGUGAUCUAUCACAUCGAUGACGAGGACACGCCGUACCUCGUCAAGCUGCCGAUUGCGGCCGACAAGGUCACGUUGGCCGAUUUCAAAAACGUCCUCAAUCGGCCGAAUUAUAAGUUUUUCUUCAAGUCUAUGGACGACGACUUUGGAGUUGUCAAAGAAGAAAUUGUUGAAGAUGAUUCUCCAUUGCCAUGUUUUAACGGCCGUGUUGUUUCAUGGUUGGUUGCUGCCGAAGGUAGUAAUAUCUCUGAUGGAACAUCCCAAGGCACAGAUUCUGGUCAUCAUACACAUAGGACACAAGGCGAUAAUCAAGCUGGGAAAACAGUAUCUCGAAUACACCAAGAAGAUAUUGGAACGUGUACUGAUACAGAAUCAUCAAUAUCAAGUUCUAUACGUCCUGGACACCAUCACAUGCCUCGUGAAAAUCACCAUCGUCUAACAAAUCCAAAGUUUCUUAAAUAUAAUGGGUUAGGUAUGAAUGGUCAUCCCAAACAACACAGACCUUAUGGUUCAUCUUCAAUGCUGAGCUCAGAGUUAGAAACUACAAGCUUUUUAGAAUCUGACGAGGAUGAUGCUUCAAGUCGAAUUACUACAACGACCGGACGAGCUACUAAUGUUUCAAGUGAAUGGCAGCGUUUAGCAGGUAGUGGUCGUCGCCGAACUCAACAACGGCGUAAAAGACACCAAAGACCUGCUGGUCCAGGAGGAAUGUGUCGUACAUCAUCAUUUUCAUCAGUUACUGAUUCCAGCAUGUCAUUGAAUAUAAUUACUGUGACUUUGAACAUGGAUUCUGUUAAUUUUUUGGGAAUAUCAAUUGUUGGACAAAGUAAUAAUGGUGGAGAUGGUGGCAUUUAUGUAGGAUCUAUCAUGAAAGGUGGUGCAGUAGCUUUGGAUGGUAGAAUUGAACCGGGAGAUAUGAUAUUACAAGUUAAUGAUAUCAAUUUUGAAAAUAUGUCAAAUGAUCAAGCUGUUCGCGUUUUAAGAGAUGUAGUGCAAACACCUGGACCAAUUAAAUUAGUUGUUGCAAAAUGUUGGGAUCCAAAUCCAAAAUCAUAUUUUACUAUUCCUCGAACCGAACCAGUUCGACCUAUUGAUCCUGGUGCAUGGGUAGCUCAUACUGCUGCAAUGAGAGGAGAAACUUAUCCUCUACGACCACCAUCUGUAUCAACAGUUACAUCUACUAGUUCUUCUCUAGUGUCAACAAUGGCAGAAACAGAAAUUAAUGCUAUUUCAGCUAAUGCAUUCAAAGACCUUCAGUUGGAUGUACGUACUACUGACAUGCUGAGUAUUGUUAGAGCUAUGGCUAGAUCUGAUUCAGGUUUAGAGAUCAGGGACAGAAUGUGGCUCAAAAUAGUUAUUCCUAACUCUUUUAUUGGUGUUGAUGUAGUUGAAUGGUUAGAGACACAUGUCGAUGGAUUUCAGGAUCGUAGAGAAGCAAGGAAAUAUGCAUCGCACAUGCUGAAAGCUGGUUACAUCAAACAUACUGUUAAUAAAACUACAUUUUCUGAACAAUGUUAUUAUGUAUUUGGUGAUUUACUUUCUGCAGGUAUGGAACAGAUGAAAAUAGAGGGUGAACCAAUUGAUAAUGUUGGUGUUACUAGUCGUGGUGCCUGGGAUAUGCCAUACUCAGGAACUUUUAAUCCAAACUCUUCACCAAUGCCAUUUAAUUACCCUGGCGAACCUCCACGUUAUUUGUUUGAUAAAGAUGAAAGUGGUUCAGGUGGUAGUAGGUCUGGAUCAGAUGUAAUGAAACAAAAUAUGAUUGGGUUAGCUAUGAGUGACCAUAGUGGCGGCACAGCUCAACAGAAUCCAGUUGCCGCAACAUCAACUGUGGAUAAGUCAAGUGGUUCAGAAAAAUCUCAAGUGAUGGCUCCACCAAAUGUACCUACUGAUCUUUCAGCUAGUCAACAAUCAUUCCGUAUGGCAAUGGGAAAUCCUUGCGAGUUCUUUGUAGACGUAAUGUAAAUUGUGAUUAUAAAAAAAUCGUAAGUUAAAACAAUUUAUGUUGAGGAUUUAAAAUGUAUAAUAUACACUAGUUUCAAUGUUCUAUUCACAUUUCUCCUUCAUAUUUUUUAAUAUCUAAAUAACAACUAAGUAUAUUAUUUGCCCAUAAAAAAUGUGUGAGAAAUAAUUUGGUAUUGUUUAUUAUUGCCAUGUUUAAGUUAUAUUUUUGUUUUUUUAUAAUUUAAUUUAAUUUAGACAAUUUUUAGGUUUUUAUAAAUUGAAAACUAGUUUUCAGAAUCUUACCAUAUAUUUUUUGUAGACAAAAUUUCUUAAUGGUUUCAAUUGAUUUUUUUUUAUUAAGAUCUGUUUAAUUAUAUUUUAUUUUUAUUAUGUUUAUUUUUUGUAACAAAAACAUAAUUUAUUUAUUCUUAUAGAUAACCAUAAGUGACAAUUCUGACAUCCAUGUUUUUUUAAAAAUAUUUUAUAAUUUCAAUAGUAUAUGACCAAUUAAAUUAAGAACUAAUUUAACAUUUAUUAAUUGAUGCUUUUAGAAAUUAAUAUAAUAUUGUAAGUCACAGUUAAGUAGUAUGUAUAUUAUCUAGUUUUCUUAAAUGAUAAAAAUUAAUUGGCUAUUUAAUGAUAUCUGGUCAAUAUUAAAAAAUUAGUUAUUUUGGUAUUUUUAUAUUUUAUAUGAUUCAGAAUAUAUUUUGUCAUUAGUAGUCACUUAAACUAAAAGUUGUCAUUUAUGGAGUUUUGUUAAAAGGAAUGGCAGCGGUCGUUUUUACUUGUUAAAUUAAACUAUUUUUGUUCUAAUGUAAUGAUUGAUCUAAUGAUAGGGUAAAAAUUCUGUAAAUAAAUUUGAAUUUUUCAGAAUGUUUAUGUAAAGUCAACUUUUUUCUCCUAUUAUUUUCCCUUCUAAUCUAAUAAAUUAGUACUUAUAUUAAUCAACUAUUUGAGAUUUGUAAAUUUUUUACUCUGAAAUUAAAUGAAAAAAAAAAAUUAUCUCAUAAACUUUCAGAAACAACUCAAAUUUAUUUAAGAACUCUUAUUGCAUCAUUAAGUUAGUGGUAUGUCAAAACUAAAACGUAUACUAUCCGUGACAAUUAGAAUAUUUGUACAUGUACAAGUAAGCAACCAUUCAAAAAACAUCUGCUUAACACAUAUCACAACAUUUUCUGUAUGUACGUGCUUUUAAUCAAAUUUAUAUUUGUUUAAUAUUUUAAAAACUAAAAUUGAGUUUAAGUGGUAAAUGUAAUGUGUAAGAAUUGUUGAUGUCUCAAUUCAGUUAUCCAUUUUUAUUAUCUAAUAACAAUUAACAAUUAUCCUUCUAUGGUAUGAGUUUAAUGAAAUACUAAUAUUAAUUAUUUAAAUUGAUUUUUUUUUUUUUACAGAAAGCAACAAUUUUGUUUAAUCAACAUAUUAUAUUGAUAAUGACAUUCUUUUAAAAAAACAAUAUUUUUGAUUAAGUAUUUGAUGUUGUUUGAUCUA